AUGAAACCAGUGCGAUGGCGUGUUUACAUCACGUUGUUAAUCCUCGCGUCCGAAAUCGCCGUCUUGCUUGGAAAACCUGCAAAGAAAUCGCGGAAAAGAGGAAGAAGAAUCCUUGAAACGACGCCGAAGCUGACGCGAAGAGAGUGGGAAGAACUUCACAAGUUUGAAGAUGCGCUUAAAAACGACAAUGGAGAGCUAAUGUUCACGAAUUCCUGGGCUCUUAAACUGGAUCCCGCGGAGAUCAAAGUCGCGGAUAGGAUUGCUAAGAAACAUGGUUUUAUAAACUACGGCCAGGUUGGCUCACUCACAGGAUAUUAUCAUUUUAAACACGAAGGCAAAGGCUUACGACACAAGCGUGAUGUACAUGAAAAAACCAAACUAUUGUUAUCUGAAGAUGAAGUUGUAUGGGCAGAACACCAACAUGUUUUAGUAAGAACUAGAAAGGAUGGUAUCCCAUCAGAUCCUAAGUUCAGAGAUCAGUGGUAUCUUUUAAAUCAAGGACAAUCCACUGGCCCGGCUGGUGUCGAUCUCGAUGUGAUGCCUGUUUGGCGGCAAGGUAUCACGGGAAGAGGAGUGGUCAUUAGUAUUCUUGAUGAUGGAGUUGACCACACCCAUCCAGAUCUUAGAGAUAACUUUGACCAAAAGGCAAGUUAUGAUUUUAACGACAUGGAUGCUGAUCCAAAGCCAAGAGAUAGCGACCCUGACAACUGUCACGGAACACGAUGUGCUGGAGAGGUGGCAGCGGUCGCUAACAAUAGCGUAUGCGGAGUGGGUGUAGCUUAUGAUGCUAAUAUUGGAGGUGUGCGGAUGCUAGAUGGUCAGGCGACGGACGUGUUGGAAGGAAGUUCAUUGAGUUUCCAGUCUGAAUACAUUGACGUCUACAGUAACUGCUGGGGGCCUAAAGAUGAUGGCAAAACAUUUGGAAAACCUGGAAAACUUGCACAAGAGGCUCUUAUGCAGGGAGCUCUCAAGGGUCGUGGUGGUAAAGGUAACAUUUACGUGUGGGCAACUGGCAAUGGAGGUCUUACAGACGACGACUGCAACUGUGAUGGCUACACAACCAGUAUAUACACCAUAUCGGUUGGGUGUAUCGGUGAUCACGGACUGUCGGCCUACUACACUGAGUUGUGCUCUUCCACGUUAGCUGUCACCUUUAAUGGAGGCUCUCACAGGGAGAAAGAGGAAAAUAAAAUGGUGACAACAGAUCUGCAUCAUAAGUGCACAGAAGAAUUUAAAGGCACAUCAUCUGCCGCUCCUCUGGCUGCAGGAAUGUUUGCUCUCGUUUUACAAGCAAACCCAAAUCUUUCAUGGCGAGAUGUCCAGCAUCUCGUGGUUGAAACAGCUCAGGUAACGAGUCCUGUUGACGAAGGCUGGAUGAAAAAUGGUGCAGGUUACCAUUUCAAUCACAAGUUUGGCUUUGGAAGGUUAGACGCCACUGCCAUGGUUAGGAGAGCGAAAACAUGGAAGAAUACUGCUCCUCAAAGAACAUGUCAUGGACCUUCCAGUCAGACGCAACAAGAAAUUCCCGCUGGCGGAACUCUAUCAAUCACCAUCGACACAAUAGCUUGUGACGGUACAGACAAAGAGAUCAACAAAUUGGAACACGUGACCCUUACCGUCAGCUUUCAGCAUCGGCGGCGUGGUGACGUUAGCAUCGACCUUUUCUCGCCGAGCGGGACUAGGAAUGAAAUGUUGUCGACGCGGCGUUAUGACGAUUCCAAGAACGGUCUCCAUGAUUGGACUUUCAUGACUGUGCACAACUGGGGAGAGAAUCCCAAAGGAGUGUGGGUGAUGAAUGUUACUGAUAACAUUGCCACCUUAAACAAGGGCGUAGACGUAAAUGGAUAUCUUCAACACGAUACCAGUAAACAGGAAGCGGAUGUGGAGGAUUUGGAGGAGGAGGUUAUCGAUGACGAAAAGAAAACCCAAGAGCUAGAGGGAAACAAAGGUGGAGGGAAAGGUCUUCAAGACAAAGGCGCCACUUGGGAUGCACCUUAUCCCGAGGGGGUCAAGAAACAUAAAAUUCGCAUACCUGAAAAACCAGACAGUACGAGGGAUACAGAGCGUACGGGAGGUAGGCAGGGCAAAGGAACUGCGCAUGCAGAGGAAGAAGAUGAAAAAAAUAAUG